GUAACUUUUUCAUCACUGUUUACUCAUGUCAGAUUGAGCUUGUCCUUUGUUAUUGUAUAGCUGAAUAGCUUUAAAAUAAGAGAUGCAUUAAACACAUGACAAUUUGAGAAAACAGAACAUAACAGGUCAGAAAAAAACUUAAAAAGAAUGUAAUGGUUAAAGGUUCAAUCGGUCGUAAAUUGAGCUCACUUUUUCAACCAUUAUUAAUGUUUUAUUGUUAACACAUUAGUGUUAAAUGUAAUUUGUUUAGCUAUUGAACUGUCGGCAACUGUUCUCUCUCUCACUUGUAAAUAUUUUGUAACAUAAUGGAGCUUUUCUUUCUUUCUUUCUUUCUUUCUUUCUUUCUUUCUUUCUUUCUACUGUAUCCUGCACUUUCUACUGAGGCAAAACUUCUCAUCGCCUUCAAUAAAGAGUUUUCUCUGAGUAAGGGGCGCGGGAUCUAGCCCCUAAUUUUGAUAAUUCGCCUUCCAGUCUCUAUUUGCAUUCUAGGAUUCGCGGACUUCCAGAAUCUGGAGAGCGAUUAUUAAAAUUGUGCGCACAUGUACUCUCCUAGCAUAGAUUGGGAUCCAUUAACCCCCUUUCUUCCUCUCUCAGUUUUAGUGAUACAGCUUCCUUUUGCAUGUGAUGAAGUGUAGGAUUAAGAUCUCAGUAAUGGCAGAGUACAGAAGGUAAGGGGCCAGGGAUUUCGCAGAAGUGCUUGCACCGCUAUUUAGCAGUGAAUAAUUCUCCUCCCAAACCCCAGUCAUAUGGCGAAGGUAGUUAACCAUGGAAACCGUUUCACUACAAACAUUCUAUUUUAAAAAAGCUUUGGGGGAAUAAUUCGAAUGAAAAUUAUUGAUGCUUGGGAAAGGUGAGAGAUGGGGAUCGUUGAGGGCUGUAGGUUUGGGAGUGAUUCCUUUUUCUCUUUUGAAGUCCCAGAAUGGAGAAGACAUAGAAUCCAUUAAAAUUGUCGUCUUCUCCGUCUAGCCUUGUUUUAUAGCCAGCGUCGCUCAUACAAACAGAAAUUCCGCCUUGCCUCCAUUACCACCCUGACACUGUACCUACGUCCUCACUUUCUAGUUUGUCAGCAGCAUUCGCUCAUUCUAAUCUAUACAGUUCUUCAGCUCCGCACAAAGCAAUCUCACGGUGGCACACUCAAAGAAAGAACUCAUGUCACCACGUCUGGAGAGGCAAUUACAUUCAAGGGAAAGAUUGUGAAACUCCUGAUAUGCGUUGCCCACCCACAUUGUUCCAAUCCCCCUUUCGACAGAUUUCAUCCUGGCUGGCAAACGCGUGACAUGAAACUAGAAGGACAAUACGUCUGCCUCUGUUCUGCCUCUGAAACGAUAGUCCCUGUUAUACUUUCGGUUAUAUUUAGCAUAAAUUAAGACGAUACCUGUCCUUCCCCCGUGAUCAAGCGCCCUCCUUCUAAUGAAUUCUCAUGCGUAUGUCUAAAGGACUCGUCUGCUUCCUAGCGUUGGGUGCAGCCCACCAGCUGGGAAACUCUUCCAGAUUCAUUCUGUCAACUCAUAUAAGAGAGAAAUCAGCCUAUAUCCUUGACUGAGAAUUUAAGGUUCGGGGUGCAGGGCGCUGGGAAGUGACUUCCCCGUUGGCGUCUAUUCGCGGCAGGACAGCUCUGCUAGGGAUUAUAUACUCAUCGUCCUGUUCUUCUGCGUGCUGAAUCUCGCCUUGCUUUUUGGUCUGUCCGUGGUGCUGAUGAAAAUUCUUCUCGUGUCGUCCGUUCUGCUUAUGGGCAAGUCUUCUCAUAUUCCUUGGUGCUUUCUGCUCCAGAAUUGUUAUCAAGGUUAUCAAAGAAAUGAAGUGACAGCUUUUAGUGAGAUCCUGCUGCUUGAGUGAUGAGAACAUUUUGAGCUUCUGAAACCAUUCGGAAGAAACUCAGUGCAGUCGAGACCAAUGCAGGGCAUGGACGCAAGUUCCAACAACAUGAACACAUCAUUUCUCUCCUCUGCUGGGAAUCAGUCCAUCCACCUGAACUUUUCAGAGAAGAAUUCCAGAACCAUACACUUCCAAGAUGAAGAUUGCCACAUGCCAUUGGCCAUGGUCUUCACCUUGGCUCUGGUUUAUGGGGCUGUGAUCAUUCUUGGUGUUUCUGGAAAUCUAGCCUUGAUUAUCAUCAUCUUAAAACAGAAGGAGAUGCGCAAUGUUACUAAUAUCCUUAUUGUCAACCUUUCCUUCUCAGACCUUCUAAUGACCAUCAUGUGUCUCCCCUUCACUUUUGUAUACACUUUAAUGGACCACUGGAUUUUCGGGGAGGCCAUGUGCAAGCUGAAUCCUUUUGUGCAGUGUGUCUCAAUCACAGUCUCCGUUUUCUCUUUGGUCCUCAUCGCAAUUGAACGCCACCAGCUGAUCAUCAACCCUCGAGGGUGGAGGCCGAAUAACAGACAUGCCUACCUAGGGGUUGCUGCCAUCUGGAUUCUAGCCAUGGCUUCCUCCUUGCCUUUCCUGGUUUAUCAUGUAUUAACUGAUGAACCCUUCAAAAAUAUAACAAUCGAUGAAUAUAAGGACAAAUAUGUGUGCUUGGACUUGUUCCCUUUGGACACUAUCAGGCUUUCUUAUACCACAGCUCUGUUGGUGAUACAGUACUUUGGACCACUUUGUUUUAUAUUUAUUUGCUACUUAAAGAUAUACAUACGCUUAAAACGAAGGAACAACAUGAUGGACAAGAUGCGAGACAAUAAAUACAGAUCCACUGAAACCAAAAGGAUCAACAUCAUGCUGAUCUCUAUUGUGGUUGCAUUUGCAGUCUGCUGGCUACCUCUUACCAUCUUUAAUAUUGUGUUUGACUGGAAUCAUGAAAUUCUACCUGUUGCCACCUGCAGCCACAAUUUGUUGUUCUUGAUUUGCCACCUCACAGCCAUGAUCUCUACUUGUGUGAACCCUAUCUUUUAUGGAUUUCUCAACAAGAACUUCCAGAGGGACUUGCAAUUUUUCUUUCAUUUUUGUGAUUUUCGCUCCAGGGAUGAUGAUUAUGAGACUAUAGCCAUGUCCACCAUGCAUACAGAUAUUUCGAAGACCUCUUUGAAGCAAGCAAGCCCAGUAGCAUUUAAAAAAAUAAAUAAUGAUUAUGAUGAAAAAAUAUAACCCCCCCAUCUAACCCAAAAUGUUGGCAGUAUGGUCACAGGUGAUAUGGGCCCAAGGAAAAGCACAAACUUGUAACAAAAUGGGUAAUGGUUUUUCUUUUUUUAAGGAACUCUUUUGUCACUUUGAAAUCAUAUGCUGUGCAUUUUUCCCUAUUGCUGCUUUAAUAUUCACAGCAGUUAUAUUUGAAUCACACUAUAAGACAUUGUUGGACCUGCUUCUAUUUAGGGUUUUCAUCAGCUGUCUUUUGUUGCAAAGUUAUGCACGUCUGCACUAAGAUUUAUCUAUUGUAUUUAUCAAAAAUGAAUAUUUUUUCAGCAGUGUGAAUAGAUACAAAUCCAUUGGAAACAAUAGUGGUCUGAAUGAGACUAUCACUAAAGAAGACAUCUAGUCUGGCAUAAAAUUAGAUCAUUCUGAAUUGAAGAGCUUUAUUUUUUUUAAUCCAGUUUUAGAGCAGUAUUAAAUAAAAGCCUAUUUGCUGGAAUAACCAGACAAGAAUGACUCCCUGACAAACCCUUAGAUUAAAUUAAAUUAAAUGGUGUUUUUUAAUCAAUUAGGAUCAAAGAAAGAAUUAAGGGCCAAUUUCUGUUCUUAUUUAUACUACUGAAAAUCCAGAGUAAUUCCACUGAGUGCAAUGGAGUUUCACCAGUGUAACUUUUAGCAGAAUUUAGCUCUUAAUCCUGUCUUUGAAUUUAAUCCUAACAUUUUACAGCUAAAUUUAAAAAUGUAAACAAUUUUUUCAUUUAAAAACCAAAAUUUAACAUUUUCAUUUGCUAAUAUAUGAGGGAAUUGGACUGUUAGUGUGAAGUUCGCCUCUAACUCAAGACAUACACACCAUUUAAAUCCUACUUACACCCUUUUUUGAGGACCUAAAUAGUGUUUAAUAGCCAGCCCUCUGCACAGGGUACAAUUUCACCUUCAAAGAAUACUUUGAAAAUCAAGUCCACUAGUAAAACUAUAUGGUGGUCCUGGCUUUCUGAAAUUUUUAUAGUAAUUACUUUGCUAGUCUACAUUAAUAAUGUAGAGCUGUAUUCUUCCGUCAGAUACAAUGAUGUAUUUCUGGACUUUCUCCAACACCAUGAAGGAGUUGAUCCAGAUUUCCACCGUUGUAAAGGAAGGCAGAAUUUGGCUUGAAAUUUUUGUUGGCACAUUUGGUUGCCAUACGUCCAUUCCAUCUAUUGAUCAAAGGUAUUUUCACCUGUGGAGGCCACUCAUUAUUUGCCCAAAUGUCCACAAUACAGUUCUCUGAAUUAUUACAUUUGUUAAAAGGCUUCUCAACUAUAAAUCUCCAGAAUAUAGGCAUACAGGGCUAGAUCCUCUGCUGAUGUAAAUCUACAUAGCUCCACUGAAGUAAAUGGAACUACAACAAUAUUCAUUAGCUGAGAAUCUAUGCCAUAAAGUGUACUUUUCUGUCUAAGUCAGUGCCUAUACAAGUAAUCAGCUUGUUUAAUACAAAGAAUAGACUUAAUUCUUGUUUACAUUAAGAUCCCUUGAAACUAUUUUGGCAGUAUAAAAAAGGCCUAAAAGUAGGUGUAAUGUAAGUAUAGCACACGUGGAAAUUAGGCCUGGCAUCUCUAAACAUAAAGGAUCUCUAAGUAUGAUGUUGAAUUUAAUAUACUCAAAAUAUGAUAGGAAUAGAUGAUUAAGAAAUGAAAUUAUUUUGUUUUGCCAGUGUUCAAAAGUCAAAAAAUAAUUUGUGCCUUGUGCAGUCUUAUAAAUAAUGUAUUAUAUAGAAUGUUAAGAUAACAGUGUGUCCUUGUACUAUUAUAAUUUCAUGUAUCUCAUUAUUUUGGGAAUGUUAUCAUGAGGGUGAUGAGACAACUACUGUACAUAUAAUGUAUCCAGAAGAGAACAUUUUGUUUUAGGAGCUUG